AUGGCAGAGGAUACAUGUUGCUGCCUGAGUGGCGUCAACAGCCUCUUCCAGGUCUUACGCCGGAGGCCCUCGAUACCGGAACGGGUCCGGAUUGAAUCUGGCCUGUCGGUGAUGUCCGCAGACAGCCUGGCGAGACCACGGCAGGGGAGCUGGGCCUCUCCUGUUCCCUCGCCUCAGCUGAAGAGUGCAGAGCCUCCAUCCUUCAACGAGGACAGCCUCAAGUGGAUUCUCGACACCCUCAGUCCGACGGCUGGCGCCAGCCGGUUUACUGAGGUCAUCGCCGAUCCAGAUGCGACCCACAAGAUCAAUGUUACGGAAGGGGCUCAUCACUUCCUGACCGAGCAGCUCUACGCGGCCCCAGGCAACCUGCCGGCUGCAAGGACUGCAAGUCAGCGAGAGGCGAUUUUACGAGCCUUGCAGCCCACGGCCACUUUUGAGAUGAUGAGCCACAUUCCCGUGGAGUUGGUGGAAGCUUCUGGGGAAGAAGCGCAGGCCCUGCGACGGAAGCUACUGGAAGGAGCGACCAUCGUAUUUUUCACCGCAGGUUACCCUGGAAAACGGUUUAUCUACGAGCGGGCCAUGCAGUUGGGUGUCAAGAGUGUCAUCAUCGAGCAUCCAGACAGCUGGGCCAAGUCUCUGGUGGACGAGGGAAUCAUCGCCAAAUUCGUCCCCAUCGACAUGUCCCAGGAUGCGGAGGCCGUCUUCGAACAGGCUGUCACCGCGAUCCGCGCCCUCGGAAAAGACCCGCUGACACUGGAUGCAGACGCAAUCAUUACCUUCUGCGAGCUCUCCGUUCCCGUGGUGGCGAGGCUCGCGGAAGUCUUGGGCCUUCCGGGCCAUCCGCCCACGUCUGUAGACAGGGCCCGGGACAAGCAUCGGACACGGGCAGAGAUGAAAGCUGUGGGCCUCCCCACGCCGAAGAACACACUUAUCAAAGGUGCCCACGAGCUCGAGGAAGCGAUGAGGACGGUGGGGUUUCCGGCCGUACUGAAGCCCAUCUCGGGGGCCGCGUCCCUCGGUGUGAAGAAGGUGAGCUCCGAAGCAGAGCUUAGGGAAAGCUACGUGGAGGUCGUCACGGAGCUGUCGAAGCUGGUGGUGUCAAGCGGGGCCUUGACGCAGGAUGAUGGCACUGGCAAAGGUGUCAAGGCAGAGAAUGCCAUGGACUGCACGAUCCUCAUGGAGCAGUAUUUGGAUGGGAAGGAGGUGGAUGUCGACGUGGUCAUGAGUCAGGGUGAGUGGCGCUAUGCAGCCGUCACAGACAACGGACCCACACUGGAGCCUUACUUCAACGAGACUUAUGCCGUUUGCCCCUCACUGUUGCCCUCGGCUCAGCAGAAGGAGCUCAAGGAUUUGGCCAUCUCCACUCUGAAAUGCCUGGGCUUCACGGAAGGGAUCUUCCACGUCGAGUGCAAAUACACCUCCCAUGGCCCCCACCUCAUCGAGGUGAAUGCACGCAUGGGUGGAGGGCAGGUUCACGAAACCAACUUGCGAGUUUGGGGCGUCGACCUCGUGGAGGAAACACUCUUCGUGGCCGCGGGAAUUCCCUGCCGCCCCUUCAUCCCAGUUAAGACACCCCUAGGGGGAGGGGUUGCCUACUGCGACAUCAACGCGGAAGAGAGCGGCACGUUGCAGAACCUGGAUUUUCUCACUUCUCUGCAGCAGAAGGAGGGUGUCGUGUGGGCACGCCCCUACAUUCGCGCAGGAUCCCAGGUAGUUGGCCCGAAAGAUGGGUUGCCGACCUGGAUUGCCGAAUUUCUUGUACAAAGGCCUACAGCUGCUGAAGCAUUGGCUUGCUUGCAGCAGCGCCAAUCGGAAGUCAAGCCAGACAUCCGUUAA